AUGGACUUUAUGGAGGAGGAGCACCUCUUAGAAGAGGGCCACGAAGAGCGAGCGACCUCCAGUUCGAGGAGCUGGCGAGUUCGCCUCGCAGGAGUGGCCGUGAGCGCGUUGCUGGUGGCCGCGGUGUUCUGGUCUGCUCGGAGGAGCCCGGAACCAACGGCGGCGAAGGUGCCAUCCUUCGCCCAUGAAGCGGCCAUCGUCUCCCUCACGGAGCUCAUUCCAGAAGGCUACGAGAGCUGCUUCAAGAACCUGACAUACUUUGUGGAAGUGGAUGGCAUGUUCUCCCUUCCCCACGCGCGAGAAGCCAGAUACAGUAGUGCCUUAGAAUGUCAGCAAGCCUGUGCCCAGACCUAUCGCUGCGAGCAUUUCUCCUUUUGGUCGUCCGGCGGCUGCUUGCUCACCAGCUAUUCUUCCUAUUCCAGGAAGUAUGACGGACCUGCAAGCGGUUCCUGUGUCUCUGGGCCGCGGAUGUGCAAGGCGCCAGGCGCUGGCUUUACCAAGAAGCUUCCGCCGGGCGCCAACGUGCCACCCUUCGUGGCCAAAGAGGCACCGGGUUGUGGAAGCCUUCACGACGAAUACGAAAUGGUGUGGAAAGCUGAGGGUGAGACCUUCUUCGAUGAUUGGCAGUUCAUCGAGAAGAGCAUGACUCGAGGUGCUGAAUGGUACCUGAACCGAUCGGAAGCCUUCUACCAGUCGGUGGCCCAUGCCUCCGCCGCGGGCGCCAUCAUCCGUGUCGGGGAGCAAGUGCACCCCUUUAAGCGCCGCUCGCUCAUGCUGCACUCCCCACGUGCUUGGCGACCGGAUGUGGGUUUCGUGGUGGCGAUGAAAUACAAACACGUGCCCUACGGCCCUGGGGUUUGGCCGGCCUUUUGGUUCCUGAAUAGCGACCGUCCUUGGCCAAGUGGCGGCGAGCUCGAUGUCUUAGAGUUUGCCAACGAUGAGACGGCAAAGGUGACCUUUCACACCGACCAGAACUGCAGUCUCAACGUGCCGAAAAUGAUGUCCUGCGCCUCCCAGUUGGUGGGCGCCAGCAUGGACACGGAUGUCAGUUGUUUGACGAACUACAGUGGCAACGCCUUGGGCUGCAUGCCACCGCAGUUGCGAAGAACGGGUGAAUGGUACAGCAAGAACCCCGGUGUCCUGGUGACGGUCUGGGACGCCAGUGGCAUCACCACCUUCCACAUCCCUGAGGGGCAGAUCCCCGCGGACUUGAAGGCGGAGAAGCCGCAACCGAACACGUGGCCUUCUGCCUGGAGGAUGGCCUUCAUGCCCUUUGACCCGGAGACCUGCGUGAACAUUGCGCAUCCCCAAGAGAUCGUCAUCAACAUCGCGCUCUGCGGUGAUUGGGCUGGCAACUCGUGGUGGACCUGCAAGGAGUGCCGCAAUACAGGCUUCAUUCCCAACUACUGCAUACCGGGACACGUCACCGAGCCGGCCACGGACUGCUGUACCAUCUACAUGUCCAACCCAUCGGCAGAGGAGCCUCUCAAGACGCAGGCCUACUUCGACAUUGACUACGUGAAGGUCUUCGAGCCUGCCGGUGCCAAAAUGCCGACCUAUGCGGCCGGCAGCUCGCUUUCCCUUGGUGUUCCUGAUGAUGAUGAUCAGGAGGAGGGGGAAGGUGGAGAAAGUGAAUGCGAAAGCUUGGCCCAUGACCCUGUGGUGGACCCUUUGAUUGCUGUCAAUAAGGUAGGUUCAAAGCCUCCCGAUGCCCCAUUGACACGCGAAGAAAUCGAUGAUUUGCCGGUGAGCAUCCAUGAACAUCACAUUGUCAAGGAUAGGACCUAUGGCUUUAGGUGCCUCAAGUGCCAGAUCUUGGGUGACAUCCAAGACCUCCGUGCAGUGACCUGCACCACCAACUACAUGGAUGUCGAGGUUGCUGAGGAGCCACCAGAGGAGCCACUAGGGAACACGAACACAGCCGUCACCCCCCCCAGUGCAGCAAGUGCUCACCCUGACACCAUUGACGCUAUCAAAAAGCUGGAGGACGAACAGCUAGCCGUGAAACUGAUGGAGGAAGAGCUUGAACUUUGCGAGCUGAUGGAACAACUUGAGUUGGCCCAGCAACUUGAGUUGGAGGAGCAAAGCUUGCAGCAAGCGUUGCUUGAAUCUUCAACAGAUCCUGGGUGCAAAGUCCUCAGGCCCACAGAUGAAGGAGCUUUGAAGGAUAUGGAGACUUUGCACCAGGAAGGCUUCUCCAAAGAGCAAGCAAUUUGGGCUGUCAAGGUCUCCCGUGAUUUGUUUGAAGCACGCUGUCGGGCAACAAAUCGAGAUCAGGCUGAGAAGGCCUUGCGUGCAAGAGAAGCGGUUGUCAAGGAAGUGAUUGGCUCAAACUGUUUGCUGCCUGAUGACAAGUCCAUGCCACCACCAGCCCCACCUGUGAAGGUGGUGAAGCCUGCUGGGGAAAGCUUGGCUGUGUGCAACGUUGACGCUUUGGAGACACAGCCGAUGGACCAUGAAACUAUUCAAGCCUCAGCUGUUGAAGCUGUGAAGCAAGCAGAUGCACACGUGAUAUCUGAGCAGGAGGUUUCCAGCCUGUUUGAUCCAAAGCCGACCUUUCUCUAUGCCAGGACAUUGUCUUUGUCUUCAAUUUGGGAGCGCGAUGACAUGGAGAAAGUGGAUUCUCACGGGGGCCAGGCAGCUCCAGCUCACACAAGUGAGACCGCAUCACCAAAGGUCUUGCCAAACAAGCUUGGGGCUGAAGACCCACUGGGAAGCCAGGCAAGCAAGCCUGAAAUCAUGGCAGCUCCCACGCCUGGAGCGAAGCAUGAAAAUGAGAAUGAGAAAGCGAUAGGCCCAAGUGAUGCUUCCAAGACUGAGGCUGACAAGAAGGUGAUUGAUGUGAUUGAGUAUCCAAAAGAUGUUUUGGAGAAGGUUGUGCCUGUAACGGCAGCCGAACAGCGAGCACGGAGGCCGGCUCAAGGCAGAGGAAGAGGACGAGGACGUGGAAGGGGGAGGCCACGCGGCAAGAAUGCGAAGCAGGAUGAUGAGCAGGAGGAGGAGCAGGAGGAGGAGGAGCAGGAGGAGGAGGAGGGUGAGGAGAAGGAAGACCUCAAUGAAGAGAAAUUGCCGGAGCCUGACAAGAGCGAGGAAAAGCUGGGAAAGGCGUCGAAACCAAAGUCCAGAAAAGAUGAGCCACCAGCCAAAGGCCACAGGAAGUCGGUUGAGAAGCCCAGCAAUGACGGCAAGCCAGUGAAGAGCAAACAUGAGGAGAAGUUGCCAGCCAAUCGCCGCAGCAGGAAGUCUUCUGAGCCCGAGGAGGUUGCAAAGGAGCAAGAUGAAGAGAAGCAGCCAGCCAAGCGCCGCAGCAGGAAGUCUUCUGUGCCCCAGGAGGUUGCAGAGGAGUCAGGCAAGGAAGGCACUCAGAAAGCUUCUGAAGAGAAGCUGCCAGCCAAGGGCCGCAGCAGAAAGUCUUCUGUGCCCCAGGAGGUUGCAGAGUCAGGCAAGGAGCCACCAGCCAAGGAGUCAGGCAAGAGCGGCCCUCAGAAAGCUUCCAGGCCCAAGCCAGUGGAAAGCAAAGAUGAGGAGGAGCCGCCAGCCAAGCGGCGCAGUAGGAAGUCUUCUGAGCCGCAGAAGUGUGCAGAAGAGCCCGCUGUGGAGUCAGCCGCUACCAAGCCCAAGCCAGUGGAAAGCAAAAAUGCGGGGAAAUCUACAAAGCGGAAGAUGGCCUCAAAGUUCGAUGAGGCAGGUGAGUCCGCCCCCGUUUCCAUAGCAAAGAGCAAUGAUGGAGAAGUGGACGAGAAGGAAGAGAAGAAGCGGCGGCAAUCUCGCAAAAGCUCCGCUUACCACACAGCCAAAAGGGCUGCACUUGCUGCAGGAAAGAGCACGGAAGAAGCAAAGGAUUUGGCGAAGGAGGCUGAUGCCAUCUUCAGCUUGGAGAAGGAAGUCCGCUUUAGCAGGUUGGCGAUGUGGAUUCUGAUUCACACGGACAGCUGCGGCUUGUUCCUAGCAGGUUUGGCGGUCGGCUUUCUGGAUGAUCCUACACGGGGCACCCAGUUCAAAGUGCAGGUCAACAAGUUGGAUCCUGUAGCCCAAUUUGAAAGCCUUCCGAUGGGAGAUCUUUGGGAAGAUGCCAAUUUGUUGUGCUGGGUGAUCCACAACUCCGCGCAGAAUACGAGCGACAGUGUCACCCGCACCUGCUGUGCUGCCAGUGCCACCCGCAGCAGCUUCACUGCCAAAGUCACCUGUAGAGGCUUUGCCAGCCCCAUCACCCUCAUCUCGGACAAACACAAGCGCAAGGAGCUCCAGAAAAUGUUCCUGGAACACGGGAGCUUUGAAUGCAUGGAGUUGGCUCUCAAGAAGAAGCAGAUCAGGGAGGACAGCGAGCAAAAGGCUGGAGGAUGGUACACAAAGAACAAGCUCGAGCAAUGCGAGAAAUACACAAAGAGUAUGAUUGCCAAAGCGUGGGCGUGGGCGAAGUCGAAGAACCAGUGGCGUGUGAAUCCAAUUCAUGGGGAAGAAGAAAUUCGAAUCAUCGCGUCGGAGACCUUCUCAAUGAAUAAGAGCCAAAUUGAGGAACUAGAGCAAUCUGGCAAUAUUUCUGACCCAGAGGGCUCUCUUUUCAACUCCGAUCUGGUUGGCUUUAAUGCCGCGCCUGGCACUGCGGUGGUGCCUGGCAUGGGAUCAGCAGCUCCCAUCACCUCUGGGCAAGCAGGGGAGUUGCACCAGACUUUGACGACAUACCAUGGGAAGAUGCAGAGUCUCUACGAAGCGCUGACCAAUGUUCUUUCUGAAGCAACGGUGUCCCCUGAGACCUUUGACAAGGCGAAGCGAGACGACCUCACCGGCAAGUUUGUGGAGUGCACCAAAUUGGAUGUGGCUAUGAAUGCAAUGCUCGUGCGUUCAAAGCUCCUAGCCCUGCACAACGGAGUCUAUGAACCGGCCAUCUCUGACUUGGCGGCCUUGAGCAAGUUUGACAAAAAGAAGAAGAACCAAAGUAGGAACCUUCAUCGUUUUGUAGAGAAGAAGGGUAUCAAUCUACAAGUGCCGAUCACAAGGGUGCAAGCACCAUUGCGAGCCAGGAAAUUUAGAAGGAGAAACAAGAUUGUUUGGGAACCUUGGCCGACCCUGAUGCCCCGGGAUUGGAUGCGGGUGUGCUUGGAGCACCCAAGCUACCGUGGCAUGCAAGUUUUGGGAGGUCAUAGGCUGGAAGACCUUCCAGCUAUUGAGUCCAUGCUGAGCCAAUUCUGGUCCAGAUAUCAAUAUCAGGACCCUGCUGUCGCUCCAAUCGUGCUAACGAGAACAAUUCCACUAUUUGCGCACGGCGAUGAGGGCCGUGGGCAAGUGAAGCGGCCCCUGAUGGUAGUCAGCAUUCAGCCCAUUCUUGGUCUCGGUAAAGGGGAAAAGCUCAAUUCCAAAGAGUACUCUCUCUACAUGUUUGGCAAGUUCUUCUUAUUUGUUGUUCUUCGGAGGGGGAAGUUUUGGCACUGGCACUACUGUAGUGAUUUUGUGGUGGACACUGUCAUGGUUUCCAAGGCACACCUAUUUGACAAGGAUGAUAUACACUUCAAUUCCAUCGGAGAGGGCACCGGGCGCCUGGCCCAGCGCGUCUUCUACCAGCGACCCAUCUUGAGGAUCCCUCAGACGUUGCUGCUGGCCGCUGAUGAGAACCUUCAGCGGAAGCUCCGAGACUUCUGGGCCCGUCGGAUGGAGCUUCCUCCAGGCCCAGCCUUAGCUUUUGGCCACUCGGACGGUGAGGCGGAAGAGAUUCUGUUCCUCUCUUUGGCGCUCUUGGAGGAACGGAGGAGAGAUCCUCUCCACGCCUUCUUCCUGGCCACUGAGCACGAGGAGCCUCCCCUGGCCCUGAAGCUCACUGACAGGCAGAUGUCGAUUUUGGUGGGCACCACUGUGGAAGCCUUGCCGCAGCAGGAAGACUUGAGACGCGGCGGUUGGGUCAUGAUGACAGAAGGGGAUGGAGAAGUGGGUGCGACCCUCGUAUGUUAUGUUCAUCAUUCGACCAUUGUACUAGUUGAGCUGUUGUGAACGGUUCAAGGUCGUUCGACGAGUCCAAGAGCGCAUAUUCGGAGCAAAUUAACGUCGGAGCAGAUCUUUUGAAGCCCAUCUGAUAGUGGAUUAUGUGCGUCCAGUGGCCAUGCGUGAAGAGGGGCAGCACACGGCGGUUGGAAUCUAAACCGUGCCAACGAUACAUUGAAACAUGUUGAAUUUUAUGAGGACUGGAUGUCCCAGAUUCCCAUCGAUUUGGCGAUUUUAAGCUCGGAUGGUCUUCCGUGAAUCCUUCAGAUUGGCCCAUGUUUGACCCUCUCCAGCCUCACCAUCAGUGCACCGAGAAAGAAAGAACAUGAAAGAGCACAUGUUCAGUUCUCCUUGAACUCACUCAGCACAGACUUUGAACUCACUGUCUUCCUUGUUUGUUUUGUCGACUCCUUCUCUUCAGAGGAAGAACUGUUGGGAAAAAGUUUGUGGUAAAU